AAUAACAGCAUGCAGCAGGUGUAUGCAUAUUUUGUCAGAUUAAUAUCCGUAUAUAACUCGUCUUGGCUGUGUGGAACAUUGAAUUGGAACCCCGCCGUAGCUACGCCGCGUGCGCCGCAAUCCAAGGUCGACUUCAUCUGUCUCCCUCCACUCUGUCUUCCCUUACAACCAAAACCACUCUGCGAACAAUCAGCAUUCAGCACACGAAGAUGGCGUACUUGAAUUGGCUAUUGGGAGAAGAUACCAGAACUCAGGUCGGGAAUGUCAUAAUCAUUCUCUGUCUAUACCCCAUCACCAACUGGAUUUAUAAUCUCUAUUUCCACCCACUCGCAAAUUUUCCUGGGCCUAUUCUUUGGCGCGCUUCAAGGCUCCCACAUAUGCGUGCAGUUUGGGGCAAGCACUUUCCGUACGAGAUUAAAAAACUCCAUGCCCAGUACGGCGGCGUCGUGCGAAUUGCGCCUAACGAGCUCUCCUUUUCUGAGGCAGCUGCUUGGGACGACAUCUAUUCCAACACGGACGGUGCUAAUCCCAAGGCUUUUAAGAAAGGUGAGAUCUGGCAUGGUAACCUCGAGCCGGGGCCUUCAUCUGUUUUCACAACAAUCGAUUUCAAAGAGCACGGAAGAAUUCGUAAAUUCAUGGAUCCUGCAUUCAGUGAGAGAGCUGUCUUACAACAGGAGCCUAUCAUCCGGAAACAUGUCGAUACUUGCAUCAACAAACUCCGUAGCCGACCUUCGCGAACUGUCAAUAUCGUUGACUGGUUCAAUUUUACUCUAUUCGACAUUAUCGGCGAUCUUUGCUUUGGGGAGUCAUUCAAUUGCCUCGAUAAAUGUGAAUUUGAGCCCUGGAUGGAUCAAAUGGCUGCAUCUAUCAAGCUCAAUUAUCAAUCCAUCAACAUACGACAUUUCCCGAUCGUCAACUGGUUACUCAAGCCCUUGGGGGGAUUUCUAAUCCCCAAAGAAAUCAUCAAGCAACAUAUGGAUUAUCGGCAGCGCUCUACUGAGAAAUUGGAGCGUGCCCUUCGAUCCAACGAUACCGAUCGACAGGACAUUGUAUCACAAUUACUCAAGAGCAAUGAACGAAGCGAAGGCCUGACUCAUGAAGAGGUCUUGUUGAAUUCAAUGCAAUUCAUCAACGCCGCGAGCGAGACUACAGCCACGACCCUCACGGGAGUCAUCAAUCAUCUACUAGUAAAUCUAGAUUCUCUGUCAAAACUGGAAGCUGAGGUUCGACAAUUCACAUCAUCAGCCGAGAUGACAUUACAAGCUUUGAAGCCGCUUCCAUAUCUCAACGCAGUACUUAAUGAGGCCCUAAGAAUGUGUAGCUCAAUUCCCAUUGGAUAUAUGCGUGUCUCACCUCCAGAGGGUGGUAUAGUCGCCGGCAAUUACGUACCCGGUAAUACCAUCGUGACUGUUUUACCCGUGGCGGUGUCCUUCUCUCCAAAAUACUUCUACGAGCCAGAAUCUUGGCAUCCCGAGCGAUGGCUUCCAGAAGCUGAGACCGAUCCCAAGUCACCAUUCUACCAUGAUCAUAGAAAGGCUGUCCGGGGAUUUGGAUGGGGGCCUUACAACUGUAUCGGUGAGCCACUUGGAUGGGCAGCCAUGCGGUUGAUCCUCGCUCAGAUGCUCUGGGCAUACAACCUCAAGAAGGCUGAAACGCCACACUCGAAAAUAAUUUGGCAUGAACAGGACUGUUUCGGUAUCAUCAUAAAGCAUCGUUUAGAUGUCAUCUUGGCGGACAGAAUUGCUUGAUUAGAUACGUUGGACAGCACGGAGUCAUGAUGGGAUGCAUCGGAAUCCAUGCACGGAUAGAGCAAGUCAACUUCUCAUACAGCAUACAGUUGUUGAUAAUGUUACAUGUGCUUUCCACAAAAACGUCCUCUCAGUUCAGUUGUUAUACCUAGCUUUCUUUCCUUAAGGAAAUACUGCCCAGCGAAAUGUUUCACAGCUGCGUUGUGUCAACACGAAUAUAAAU